AUGCAUUCAUGGGCUGGACAGCAACGUUGGUGGGAACAGGAGAUUAAGAUAAGUGGGAACAUUCAAAAAGGAGAACUCAUUACCUAUAAUCUGACUGAACUUAUAAAACCAGAAGCCUAUGAAGUCCGUCUGACUCCUCUUACCAAGUUUGGUGAGGGAGAUUCAACCAUUCGUAUAAUCAAAUAUAGUGCUCCUGUAAAUCCUCAUUUGCGUGAGUUUCACUGUGGAUUUGAAGAUGGUAACAUCUGUUUGUUCACUCAAGAUGAUACAGAUAAUUUUGACUGGACAAAACAAAGUACUGCGACCAGAAAUACAAAGUAUACCCCAAAUACCGGGCCUAAUGCAGAUCGCACUGGAUCCAAAGAAGGUUAUUAUAUGUAUAUUGAAACUUCUCGGCCCAGAUUAGAAGGAGAAAAGGCCAGAUUACUCAGUCCUGUUUUCAGCAUAGCCCCCAAAAAUCCUUAUGGAGCCACGAAUACUGCAUAUUGUUUCAGCUUUUUUUAUCACAUGUAUGGACAACAUAUAGGUGUUUUAAAUGUUUAUCUGCGUUUAAAAGGACAGACUACAAUAGAAAAUCCAUUAUGGUCUUCAAGCGGAAAUAAAGGACAGCAUUGGAAUGAGGCCCAUGUUAAUAUAUAUCCAAUCACUUCGUUUCAGCUCAUCUUUGAAGGUAUUCGAGGCCCUGGUAUAGAAGGUGAUAUUGCCAUCGAUGAUAUAUCAAUUUCAGAAGGAGAAUGUGCAAAACAAGAUCUAACUACAAAGAAUUCAGUUGAUGGCGCUGUUGGCAUUUUAGUACAUAUAUGGCUUUUCCCAGCUGUCGUCCUCAUCUCUAUCUUAAAUCCUCGAAGGUGACCUUAUUCUGGCAGAGGCUAUAAAAGAUUCACCAAGCACUGACAUGAAGAAAGAGUCUUUGUAAAUGGACAUUUAAAACAAACUACCAAAGAUUCCUCCACUGACUACAGACUCCAAAACAAAACAA